CCCCCAAUUUCCACACCAAAGCUAUAUCACAUACCCUCUGUACAGACAGACACACAGUCCAUCCCAGCCAUGGCAGGGCCGAGGAUGGACGCCGCCGAUCAGAUUAAGGGACCCUGGAGCCCGGAGGAAGACGACCUCCUGCAGCACCUCGUGCAGCGCCACGGCCCCCGCAACUGGUCCCUAAUCAGCAAGUCCAUCGCCGGAAGGUCCGGCAAGAGCUGCCGUCUCCGGUGGUGCAACCAGCUCUCCCCCCAGGUCGAGCACCGCCCCUUCACGCCGGACGAGGAUCAAACCAUCGUCCGGGCACAUGCCCGCUACGGCAACCGCUGGGCCACCAUAGCCCGACUCCUCUCCGGCCGGACCGACAACGCCGUCAAGAACCACUGGAACUCCACCCUCAAGCGGAAGUGCUCCUCCUCCUCCGCCGCCGCCGACAACGACGGCAGCGAGAAUGACGCGCGGGACGAAUCCCACCUCCGCCCCCUGAAGAGAUCCGGCAGCCCCUCCGGAUCCGACGUCAGCGACUCAAGCCUGCCGCUGCCGUCGCCGGCGGCGGCAGAUGAUCCGCCGACGGGGCUCAGCCUAUCCCUCCCCGGAGCGGAUUCAUCCUCCGAGUCAAGCAAUCACAAGAAUGACUCGGCUCAGAUCAAACCCAAUUCCGCCCAAUCACUGCCGGAAAAAAGGAUCUCUCCGCCGUUCGGGGCGGAGAUGAUGGCGGCGAUGCAGGAGAUGAUAAGGGCGGAGGUGAGGAAUUAUAUGGUAGGCAUGGUGCAGGGGGAGUACAAUCAUCAGCAGCCGUCCGAUCAUCACCAUAAUCAUCAGCAGCAGCUGCAGCAGAUGAUUGGGACAUGCUUCCAAGAAGCCAAUGCGAGGGAGGGAUUCAGGAACGGAUUGAUCAAUUAAAUUAAAAUAAAAAUAAAUAAUUAGGGCAAAAAGAAAAAGAAUCAGAAAGUGGAGGGUAGAGGGAGGGAGAAGAGGAGACUAGUCUCUGUUUCUUGUUUAUUCUAGAGCUUUAAUUUAAUUUUUAAAAAUGGAGGAAAUAAAUCAUUUUUGGUAUUGUACAGGAGAUGAUGAAUAGAUACACAAGGGUUUUGAAAUUGCAUCAUAACUCCGGCAAUAGAACCCUAAAAAGAUCAUCAAGAUUCAAACUUUAUUUCCGAUAUAAUUUUAGAAAAUUUUACCAA